GACUUUAGCUGUCAAAUGUCUUUGUGAUGUCAUAAAACAGGUUUCGAACAAUACGGUGACAACUUCUAUUUCACCCAAAAUGUUAUGAGUCUGGACAGUCUUGGACGUAAACUGCUACUUAACUGGCGCGUGGAAGCAUACAAAUGUAAGGGAGUAAUUCUAGUUUUAUUUGCUGAUGAUGAAAAAGUUAACAGGUCGUUCCAGAAGAGGAAACUUUAUUUAUUUUCUCUGCAAGUAUAUUGACAUUAGAGUCAAAUUUCAAAAGAAACGUCCCGAUGUGUAACUGUAGACGGUUAACACCACGGUUUCUUACGCUGUAUCAAGUGGAGCUGAUGUCUCAAGUAACUAGGUUGUUUUUAUAGAACUGUUUAAGGAACAAAUUUACUCAAGGCUGUGGCAAUAUGUAAAAAGAUAUUUAGUAAAACAGUAGACAGUCUUGUGGUCAGUGGAUGACAAACAAAUUAAAGAAACAAGGACCCAGAAAAACUAUAUAAAGGCUGAGUUCUCUUGUCAAGACAUCCUUCAACCUGCUGCUGCACGAGCAACUUGAAUCUGAUCAUCAUAAAACGAGAUGGCGUCAGCUCUUCCUCUCGUUGUGCUCCUCUGUUUGGCCGUGUCUGCUGCUGCAGUCUGUCGUCCAGGUUGGACUCGGUUUGGGUCACGCAGUUUCAUCGUUCAAUGCAGAAAACUGACGGCGGCUGAUGCAGAGCUCAACUGCAUCCGCCGUGGUGGGAACCUGGCCUCAAUCCACAACAUCCAUUAUCACAACUGGAUCAGGGGAUUGGUCAGAAGAACCUGUGGCUCCAAUGUGUGGGCCUGGAUUGGGCUGUCUGAUGCGAUUCAGGAGAGAAAGUGGCUGUGGACUGAUGGGUCGAAGUUUGUCUUCAGUCGCUGGGAUCGCAACCAGCCUGACAACUACCGUGAUAAAGAACACUGUACCCACAUCAACCACAAAGGGAGCUAUUGGAAUGAUAUACCAUGUACCGAUAGGUAUGCUUCUGUUUGUGUGAGGAGACGCUGAUGCCUCCAUCCUCCAUCUGCCCUCCUGUGUACCGACAUGAUGCCACUUCCACCAUGACGACGUUACUUUGUCUUUGAUGUUACACUUAAAUAAGAGCAACUUUCUCUGAUGAUUCACUUUUCAUUUAAUU